AUGGGUUGUGCAAGUUCAAAGCAAAAGCGAUGUCGGUGUUGCAAUGCUCCGAGAAGCUAUUCAAUGCACGUUCAUCACCCACCUCAAGCAGAAGGUGAUAGCUACCAUGUUGUGGCACUCACUUCCACAACACUGGGCACUCUCAAACUCAAUUCCCCUGCUUCAACUCAAAGUUUUGCUGGGAAUUGUGACCACGAUUUUAAUCUUUCCAAUGGCAAGGUUAGUAACACUAAAAGUUUAAGGUUUGAUAAUGAAAGCUUUGUCCAAAGGCUGGAGCAGAAAGAGAAGAGUGAAGUAUUUGAGAAAGAGAGCAAAGAAGAGUUCUCAAUUGGGCUAAUUGAGGCUAAGACUUGGUCCAACAUGAUUGAGCAAAAGUUGCCAAAAGUUUUUCCAAAGACCCCAAUUAGAACACCACCUGGUGAGCCUGAGACAAUCAACACAUGGGAACUCAUGGAAGACCUUGAAGACACCACCAAUUUCCGGUCGCCAAGUCACUACCGGAGAUUCUCUUUUGAUGUCAAUGGUGACAGUGUUGGUGUUGGUGUUGAUGAUGGAGAUGUUGAUGUUGAUCCACCCAAAAUGAGUAUUGCGGCUUCUCCAAAACCCAUGUGGCUUUUAAUGACUGAGGAGGAAUCAAGACUCAACUCUGCAAUCUCGGAUUUCGAUCCUGAAUUGAUUUUCUCGUUCAGGAAGUCCUUACAACAUCUCUCUCCGGAUAGCCCAUUCCACCUUCAACCGGGGUCGAGUGAUAAAGAGAUGCAAGGGACUAAAAAGGAGUCCCCAUUUGAGGAAAAGACAACAACAGACGAUGAUGUUAAUGUUGAUGAUCCAUGCGGAAAGGAUAAGGUGGUGUUGUACUUCACUAGCUUACGUGGUGUGCGAAAGACUUACGAGGAUUGCUGCCAAGUGAGAUUGAUUCUGAAGGGAUUGGGAGUGAGGAUAGAUGAGAGAGAUGUAUCCAUGCAUUCAAGGUUCAAGGAAGAGCUAAGAGAGCUAUUGGGUGAUGGGUAUGGUGGUUUAGUAUUGCCGAGGGUGUUUGUUGAGAAUAAUUGCAUUGGUGGAGUUGAGGAAAUUCAGAGGCUGCACGAGGAUGGGAAGCUUGAGAAGCUUUUGGGUGGAUGUGAGAAGAUAGAGGACAGUGCUGGAGGUGAUGGAGGGGGAGUGUGUGAGGCUUGUGGGGAUAUAAGGUUUAUUCCCUGUGAAACCUGUUGUGGGAGUUGUAAAAUUUACUAUGAUGGAAAUGAAGAUGAAGAAGAAUAUGUUGAUGGUGAGGUGGGGGAGUGUGGAUUCCAGCGAUGCCCUGAUUGCAAUGAAAAUGGACUAAUUCGUUGUCCCAUCUGUUGCUGUUAG